GAGAUUACUUAGCAUUAUAGCAGCAUACUAGUACUAUGAGGGGAUGGGCUAUCACUGAGUUGAAACUCCAGUUUUCGGGUUGGAUAGUAUGUCUGCUUUGCUGAUGUGAUGAAGAUAGUUUUGCUCUCUUAUUAAAAGUUUUGUUCCUUCCCUAGAAAGGACUUUGCAAGCAGCCAUGCCAGCCCAACAGAAGAAAGUCAUAUUUUGCAUAGCUGGGGUGUUAAGCUUUGCUUGUGCUCUAGGCAUUGCAGCAGCUGUCGGAACUCAGUUAUGGAUCAAAGGAACAAUACUGUGCAAAACUGGAGCGCUGCUUGUCAAUGCUACAGGACCAGAACUGGAGAAGUUUAUUGGUGAAAUUCAGUAUGGGCUUUUCUAUGGGGAGCGUGUUAGACAAUGUGGGCUAGGAGGGAGACCUUUUCGAUUUUCAUUUUUUCCAGAUUUGCUCAAAAUUAUCCCUGCAAGUAUCCAUGUAAGUGUCAUUCUCUUCUGUACAGUACUGAUAGUCUUUGCUCUGGUGGGAACAGGUUUCUUCAUGUACAAUGCAUUUGGCAAUCCCUAUGAAACUCUGCAUGGUCCAGUAGGGUUAUAUCUUUGGAGCUUCAUUUCAUGUUCUUGCAGUUGUCUCAUCAUGAUACUAUUUUCUUCAGAAGUGAAAAUUCACCACCUCUCUGAGAAAAUUGCAAAUUACAAAGAGGGAAGUUUCAUCUUUAAAACUCAUGAUGAACAAUUUCAGGAUUCAUUCUGGAUCAUCCUGGUUUGCUCUUUGGUGCACUUUCUGAAUGUUUUGCUAAUACGGCUUGCUGGAUUUGAAUUUCCUUUUUCAAAAUCUAAAGAGUCAGAGACAACAACUACUGGAGCAGUUGAUCUCAUGUACUAGCCUGAUGUUGAUUUUUAAUAACAUUUCAAGCAAAAGGGUUAAUCUCAGCCACUUUCAACAAUGACCAAAUAUAUCUGGUUUUACAUGAUUCAUUUGAAAUACAUUAAAAUCAAGAGGAGAUCUAAAAUAAAUGUCAACACAGUAAAUACAAUAAAGGCAUAGUAUUCACGGUCCUCAUUAGGACUAGAUCAAGAGAUCCUUACUUCCAUCACGUAGUACCUUAUGCAGUAGUCCCAUUUGGUUCAAUGGGAUGAGAGAAAGAAGAUAUGACAGUGAUCUGGGCCCUAUGUACUUUAAUAACGGAGGAAGACAUAAACAUAUAGGCAAACAUUUCCACCAGAAGUACAGCAUUUGCCUAUAUCCAGUGGUGUACUGGAAUGACUACUACUAAUGUUUUAUGUAUCAAGACUGGACUAAGAAUUCCACUCCGGCCAACAAAUGAGGAGUGGUGAUUGCACCAUAAAGCUGCAAACACCAAAUGAAAGAAAACAGAAUGUAUUGUUGUAGCUUAAGUAACAAAUUUAGGGCCCAUACCUGCAAAAUAAGAAGAUGAAUUAUCUCUCUCAAGUACAAUGACCAUGAGUAAUGUUCAAAAACAUACUGGGGGGCAGGGGUGGUU